AUGGGGCGCUCCAACCGGGCACUGUGUCUGUACAUGGUGGCGGCGUUCUUUGCGGGCAUGGGGCUCGUCGGCAUCGUCGAGCCCGCCAUGGUGCUCUACUUCUUCGGCAUGGACGCCUUGCCGCCCGACCUGCGCAACGAGGUCCGCGGCGUCUACGGCGGCUUCGGGCUGGCAAUUGCGGCAGUGCUUGUGUUCACGCAGAGGGUCGAGCGCCGUCGCCCGGCAUAUGUGCUCGGCAUUCGAACCGCGAUUGCGGUGAGCCUCUCUGGGAUGGCUGCUGGGCGGCUGGUGUCGUGGGCGAUUGAGCCAACGACAGGGCCGUGGCCGCUUGUUUUCUUCGCCGUCGAAGUAGCCCUCGCGUCCCUGCUGACCAUAUCGAUGCCCGAGUCGAAGUGGGCGGCUGGAGAUUAG